CAGAAUGCGCAACCUCGGGGCCUCCGGUACCCGAUGAAAGUGUACGGUUACGGAACCCUGGAGGCCCGAUUACGUAUCUCCACGCGUUGCCCUCGCCGUUGCGUUCGCCCUCGCCUUCGCCCAUCACGGCGCCGAUCACGUUUCGCUCAUGGCGUCAUCCUCGCUCGCGUUAUCCGCUCCGCGUGUCGCAUGGCGUUCCACAGCAGCGCGUGUCGCUCCUGUCAAUCCCGUUUGACUUCGCGAAACUCUUAUGACGCCCCCGAUGUCUGGAUCACGAGGGAUACCAACGCGUGCUUCGACUUGCCGAUCACUCGCCGACCCCUUCGUUCACCUGCUCCCACGUACCUUGAAUUUCUUCACCCGGAUAUUGAUUUUCCUUUAAUUUCGUUCGAUCCACUAUGUCUCUCGUAGUACCCUCCGUAUCCCGGUGGUAAUCGGCGGCAAAUCUUCGUAUGGAUGCACGUGUCUUCGUAGAUUCACGAACGAUCAUACCUGCGAAUUCUUACGAAAUUUCGACCGUACGCAAUACUCGGGUCUCAUCCCAUUUCUUUGAUAACGCUCUUCUAAAUGGCUUCACUUUUUUAAGAAUGCUCAUUCAUAUAUAUCUAUGAAACAGUACGCCUCAAGAUUAAUGAAUGAAAGUACACAUAUGAAUUAAUGAUUUGACCAUGACAAGUAACGUAGCGACUAUUAAGUUAGAAGAGGAGCAAGAAUCUGUGACAGAGAUACAAACUUAUUUAGAGACGUUUAACAAAGAAAUCGAAGGUGGUCAAGGAGAACAAUUGCAACAUGUGCAAUUGCAACAAGUGGAAGGAUUGUCGGGUGGAGAAGAGGGUGGGACUUACUUCGUUGACCAGUCUGGUCAAUAUUAUUAUCAAGCAAAUAGCGAUGAGACGCCUGUGAUGACACAGGUGCAAAUUCAAGAAGUCGAAGAGACAGAUAUACAAGCUGAAGGGGAGGCUGCUCAGGAAGAGCAGUACCAGGAAAUUGAGGAACUAGAACAAGUAGAUGGAGACGAGGAUGGGCAAGCAACUAGUAAUGAGAACAAUCAGGUCGUAAUCAAUUCUGAGGAUGCGUAUCAGACGGUGACAAUUGUACCAUCAGAUACAAAUUCGGGUGACUUCAGUUACGUAUUCAUAGUUCAGCAACCUGAGUCCGAAGAGAAGGAAAGUAGCAAACCAGUGGUCAGAGAAGGAGCAGAAGGCGAAGAAGGCGAAGGUGAACAAGAUCUUACCGUUUACGAUUUCGAGGAUAACGAGGACAAUGAGCCACCUGUGGAAUCCGAAGUGGAAGAUGACAAAGCAAAGAUUAUUAAAUUCUUACCUAAAAAGUCUCAGACCGUCACCCAAGCUCAUAUGUGUAAUUACUGUAAUUACACAAGUCCUAAGCGGUAUCUGUUAUCGCGGCACAUGAAAUCGCAUUCUGAGGAAAGACCGCAUAAGUGUAGCGUCUGCGAAAGAGGAUUUAAAACGCUAGCUUCGUUGCAGAAUCACGUUAACACGCAUACUGGGACCAAACCGCAUCACUGUAAAUUCUGUGAUAGCGCAUUCACGACUUCCGGUGAACUUGUUAGACACGUUCGAUACAGGCACACCCACGAGAAACCACAUAAAUGUCACGAAUGUGAUUAUGCUUCUGUCGAGUUAUCUAAACUCAAGCGUCAUAUUCGAUGUCACACAGGAGAACGCCCGUAUCAGUGUCCGCAUUGUACGUAUGCAAGUCCUGAUACCUUUAAACUAAAGCGACACUUACGUAUACAUACAGGAGAAAAACCAUACGAGUGUGAUUUUUGCAAAGCACGGUUUACUCAGUCCAACAGUUUGAAAGCUCACAAAUUGAUACACAAUGUUGGCGAUAAACCAGUAUUUCAAUGUGAAUUAUGUCCUACUACGUGUGGACGGAAAACAGAUCUCAGAAUUCACGUACAAAAAUUGCAUACUUCUGACAAACCUUUGAAGUGUAAACGCUGCGGAAAAACAUUCCCGGACCGAUAUAGCUACAAAUUGCACAGUAAAACUCACGAAGGAGAAAAGUGUUAUAAAUGUGAUUUAUGUCCGUAUGCUUCUAUAUCUGCGCGGCAUCUUGAAAGCCACAUGUUAAUUCACACCGAUCAGAAACCAUAUCAAUGUGAUCAUUGCUUUCAAUCAUUCAGACAAAAACAACUCCUCAAACGGCAUUGUAAUCUGUACCAUAAUCCUUCUUAUGUUCCUCCACCUCCACAAGAGAAGACACAUCAAUGCCCUGAGUGCGAACGACCGUUCAGACAUAAAGGAAAUCUUAUUCGACAUAUGGCCGUUCACGAUCCGGAAUCAUCUCUUCAAGAAAAACAGCAGGCAUUGAAGAUGGGGAGACAAAAAAAGAUUCAGAUCAUAGAUGGACAAAGGGUCGAGGUCAUGACAGGUGAUUUAGCUUCUAAACUUAAAGGUUACGAAGAAGAAGAAGAAGAUGAGGACGAUAUGAUGGCUGUUGAAGGAAGCGACGGCCAACAAUACGUCGUGUUAGAAGUUAUACAACUUGCUGACAAUCAAGGAAACGAUCAGCAAAUGGCUGUCGUAGCAAACGAAGACGGAGACUUGAUGGUGCAAGAUCCUUUGAGUCAAGGAAGCGAUCUUGUCGCUGGUACAGAGGAGGAAGAGGUAGACAUGGAUGAGAUUAAAUUGGAAAAUCCCAAAUCUCAAAAUACGCAGAGUGACCCGAAAUUGCAGAAAGAGAUGGAAACGUGCUUCGGUUUCGACGAAGAGGAAGAGGAGGAGGAGGAAGCCAAUGGCAAUAUGAAUAUAUUACAGACGAUUUCGUAAUGAGAAGCAAGAGGACACCCGGAAAUCCAUCUACGUAAUAGUCAAAUAUUUUAUCUCUCUCGCAGUAGCAGCACGCGUGCUGCUGCGCGAGUGCAGUUUAACAAUUAUUUAAACACUGUGCAUAACUCCAAUGGAGCCAACUUUCUCGGGGCUUAGCGCGGCACCCGUAAAUGGUACAAGAACAUUUUUUGCCACUAGUGCAUUAGAUGUAAGUAAUAAUUUAUGAAGGAACAGUAGUUUUGUGGUUUUGUGAAAUAUGCGAAUGUACAAUUAUAAUAAUGUAAAAUAUUAUUAUUUUACUUUAUUAUCGGUAAA